AUGAAACACGUCUUAAUUCCUCUUUUUAUUCAUGGAAGUGACUCUUGUUCAUUUGAUUGUCAACCUGGUCAUUCAUUCAGAGCGGACUGGUGUCUUGACCUUCACGGUUUUUUAUCCCGCGAUGAAUUCACCGCUAGACUUAACCAGAUCAAUGAUCAUGUCAAAAGCGUUGAACUAAUGUCUCACAAAACAAAAUAUUUAUUAUAUUUUGGCGCUUCUUUUAUUACUACUUUUUUAUCAGUUCUCAUCAGUAUAAUUAUGAAAUCAGCAGCUGGGAUCCUUAUAGCUUUCGUAAUAUCUGGAAUUUUAUACUUUGUCGCCAAAUAUAUGAUCGAAAAAAAUGCAGCAGAACGCGCAAUAAGAUUUACAAAUCUAUUAAACGAACUGUUCACACAAUAUAAUCAACAUGAAAAUCCAACCGUUAAUUGGAAAUUCUGGUGGGUUACAUCCUAUGAAAGAUACGUUUCUGGGUUUGAUGGAAGAGCUUUUGGAAAUGGUCAUGUAAACAAAUUAGAAUUUAGUUGUGGUCUUAGUCUUAUAUUCGCGGCACUAUUUGCUGAAAAUGCAUUAAUAAUUCUUGAAAUCAAUGAUGCCCUUUCUGAUCUUACCAAAAACACCAUUGGUGUGAACCUUACACCUGUUACUAACUACUCUCAUCCGAUGGUCAGUAAUUAUCCUGCUACUAAUACUCCUGUCAGUCCGAUGGCCAGUAAUUAUCCUAUUGACCCUAUUAAUAGUGCUCCUGUUAACCCCACACAUGCAAUUGACAUGAAAUAUGGUUAA